AUGGGGAAUUUGUCUAAUUUAGACACGCUCCAAUUGCAAAACAAUGUGCUAUCUCAACUACCAACUGAAAUAGGCAAUUUGUUUGGCCUUGGAGACCUGGAUGUGUCUUACAACGCUGAGCUUUUGAGCAAGAGCCCCCCAGAUGAGCUACUCAGGCUCACAAAUUUUACCUGCGAAAGCGAUUACAAUCCUGAGGAUACUGGUGUCCUUCAAGACUGGUGUGGGAUGAUCUUGGAUGGUCCAUCGUCUGCACCGCCCAAUGAACUCGAUGGAGACCCUUUGCAGCCGGGCGACCUGGAAGGGUCAGACCAAGGCUUGGGUCCGCUUUGA